AAGUGGAUAGGAUAAUAACAUAACCUCUAAAAAACGGUUUGUGACUGUUAUUUAAACAAAACAUUGGAGAAAUCGCUUUACAGUUUAGUGCAGUAAGAUGUUCAACCAAAUGACUGCAGCCGGGGGCAACCCCAACAAGGAUCUGGAGGUCGCAUCGCCGCCCGACGACACCGUAUCGGCGCUGGAGUUUUCCCCGCCUUCCGUGCCGCAAACAUUCCUGAUAGCCGGCUCAUGGGACUGUCGGGUGAGAUGUUGGGAAGUGGAGGCGUCUGGGAAAACAGUGCCCAAAGCUGCACAAGGCAUGGACGGGCCCAUUCUGGAUGUAGCCUGGCAUGAUGAUGGAUCUAAAGUGUUCAUGGCCUCAACGGACAAAAGUGUUAAAUGCUGGGAUCUAGCGGCCAACCAGACCAUUCAGGUAGCAGCCCACGACGCGCCGGUGAAGACCUGCCACUGGGUCAAGGCCCCAAACUACACCUGUCUCAUGACCGCCUCCUGGGAUAAAACAUUGAAGUUUUGGGACACGCGCAGCUCUCAACCAAUCAUGAGUAUGAAUCUAUCCGAAAGGUGUUACUGUGCCGAUGUGGACUACCCGAUGGCGGUGGUGGGCACGGCGGACCGCGGCAUCUGCCUGUACACGCUGGAGGGCAAGCCCGCCGAGUUCAAGAGGGUCGAGUCCCCGCUGAAGCACCAGCAUCGCUGCAUCGCCAUCUUCAAGGACAAGAAGACCAAGCAACCGGCUGGGUUCGCACUGGGUUCGGUAGAGGGCAGGGUGGCCAUACAGUAUGUCAACCCGACCAACCCGAAGGAUAACUUCACGUUCAAGUGUCACCGGUCGGCGGGGACCACUGGUGGAUAUCAGGACAUCUACGCAGUGAACGACAUCGCCUUCCACCCCGUGCACGGCACCCUGGCGACCGUGGGCUCCGAUGGAUCCUUCUCCUUCUGGGACAAGGACGCCCGCACGAAGCUAAAGUCGUCAGAGCUGCUUGAGCAGCCGCUAACGCGCGCCGCCUUCAACCACAACGGACAGAUAUUCGCGUACGCCGUCGGCUACGACUGGUCCAAGGGCCACGAGCAUUUCAACCCAGCUAAGAAGAACUUCAUAUACCUCCGAGCGUGCUAUGAGGAGCUAAAACCUAGGACCAAUUGAUUGCCGCUGCCAUCUUUCAACGCGUGAGCGACGUCGUGUGACGUCAGUGACGUCAUUGACGUUAUGUGACGUUGGCGUCAUAAAUGACGUUUAGCCUCCUAUUGAUUCGCUACUAUCUUUCAACGCGUAAGUCGCGUCAUAGGACGUCAGUGACGUCAUAUGACGUUCGCGUGGAACAUUGAAAAUCGAAGUUCGAGUGAAAGAAGGGAAUCUGUAUCUUUAGGUAUUUAAAUAAAAGUAAACAAACAAUUGGUACAUUUUCGGGUAGUUAUAAAAUUUAUUUUUUAACCGACCAAUUACAAAACCGCCUGGAUCUGUAUCUGAACGACCUGACUUUAACCUACAUUAUUUGAUCGUGUAAUGUUUUCAUCUACCCUCAACUGGCUUAAGGAGCCAUUUGAGGGUAGAUUUUGUUUACUUUUAUUUAAAUACCUAAAGAUACAGAGUUAUAGAAGACGAAUCUUCGAUUUUCGAGAGACGUGCUAUUCGCAUGUAGGACAAUUUUGGUUGAUAUGUGUGCUUUUUCAAAUUUGGGCGCUUAAUUUAAUGGAAUGCCUGAUAAUUUUCAUUAUGAGGAACAAUCAAAAUUUUGUGUGCAAACUAUAUUUCGUCACUGUCAUAAACGUGUGUGUAAACUAGAGAUGCACCGGUCAUUCGGUUACUAUCCGGUAUCCGGCCGAAUUCCGGAUAGUAAUUUUGCUUCUUUCGGAGUCAACAAAUUGGAUUUAAGAAACCGUCACGGUCGUAAUCGUAAUUACUCACCUAAACAUUCCACUAUCGCACGCGCACUCAUUUCGAACCUUCGCUUUCAUAAGUAAUAAUUUCUGAUUUUUAAAAAGAGUUUUUAAUUUAAAAGAUACGUCGCGUAGUCUUUUACUAGUGCUAAAAAAACGAAUUAUAUUACUAUGGAUGUUUUUAAAUUGUCUAAGCGCCACUUGCACUAUCCGUCUAACCCGGGGUUAACCGGUUAAACCUGGAGUUACCAUGGUUACCAGUACAAUUUGGCACUG